AUGAUCAAACAUAAAGUAUGGCCUAGACUUUUACCAUUUGUUCAACCACAAAGAUUAUUUGCUGCAUGUAUGGUUAUUGGUGGUAAAGCUGGUUUCAACAGUAAUAAUAGUAGUACAACAACAACUACGAUGAAUAGUAAUACAACAUAUCAAUCAAAGUCUAUACUUUUACCAAAACAAUCAACAAAACAAUCAAAGAUUAUAAACAACUAUAGUAGUAGUAGUAGUAGUAGUUCUUCAUCUUCAAAUUCAUCAUCAAGAGUAUUUAAAGAUGAUUAUUUAAAUGAAUCAUUUUAUCAAUUUUCAUCUCAAGGUCCUGCUUUUGCUGUUAAUCCAAAUAAUAUAGAAUUUAUUCAAGAACCAAAUGAUUUUUAUAAUCAUUUAAUUUCAGGAAUUAAAAGAUCAAAAAAAAGAAUAACAUUUGCAUCAUUGUAUUUGGGAAUUGGAGAAAAGGAAUCAUUAAUUGUAACAUCAAUGAUUGAAGCAUGUGAAAGAAAUCCAAAUUUAAAAAUUCAUAUAUUACUAGAUGGUCUUCGAGGUAGUAGAGAUGUUCCAACUCCCUCUACUUCUACUUCUACUACUACAUUACAAUCAAGUGUAACAAUGUUACAACCAUUAUUAAAUCAAUUUAGUGAUAGAGUACAAAUUAGUAUGUAUCAUACACCAGAUUUAAAUGGUCUUUUAAAGAGAUUUUUACCACCACGUGUAAAUGAAACGAUUGGUGUCAAUCAUCUCAAAACCUAUGUAUUUGAUGAUGAUUUGGUAAUGAGUGGUGCCAACUUGUCAAAAGAUUAUUUUACCAAUCGUCAAGAUCGUUAUGUUGUCAUCAAACAGAGUCAAGCUUUGGCUAGUUUUUUCGAUACCAUUGUCGAAACGGUUGGAUCCAUGUCACUCGUAAUGACCCCCAAUGCUACAGGUCCAUCGAUCGGACGUUUACAUUUACCAAAUGAUGGUCGUCUGGAUCCAGUCACUCAAUCUAAAGAUUUCAAAGAGGUUGCCGAAAAGAAACUGUCUGCCAUUUUACAACCAGAUACUUUUUAUUUGGCUAGUAGUGAUGGUUUGAAAAGUUUUUCCUCUCCCUCUGACGUCAGAGCUUCAUCGUCGUCGUCGUCGUCUCGUCAUACAUGGAUAUUUCCAACCAUUCAAAUGGGCCCAUUUAAUAUUAGACAUGACGAGGUGUGUACAAGUUAUAUAUUCAAUACUGUACCUCGGGAAUCAUUGUUUUAUAUCACUUCACCCUAUUUUAAUUUGACCAAAAACUAUCUACAAUUAAUCAUGCAAGGCAGACCAAAGUUGGAUAUUAUCACAUGUUCACCAGAGGCAAACGGUUUUUUUGGAGCAAAGGGACUUUCAAGUGCUGUACCCGAUUGCUAUGCAAUCAUUGAAAAGAGAUUUUUGGAUUUGGUCAAACGUACCGGUAACGAGCAACGAAUCAAGGUGGAAGAGUAUAUUAGAAAUGGUUGGACCUAUCAUGCAAAGGGAUUGUGGAUUACCUCGCAGGAUCAGACAAGUGUUCCGAGUAUUACGUUGAUUGGUUCACCAAACUUUGGCAGUCGCAGCGUCGAAAAGGAUUUGGAGGCGCAGAUGAUCAUCAUGACAGAGGAUGUCGAGCUCCAGCAAAAGAUGGAGGGCGAACGUGCCUACUUGUGGGAGUCGACACAGGUCGCCGAUGACAAGCUGUUUGAGGAGAGAAAGAUCUCGCUUUGGGUGCAGUGCAUUGUUUAUUUGUUUGGUGGUUAUUUGAUCGAUGUACAUAUUAGAUUCAAUUCUCCAACCAAUGCGCAGCGUGCCUGA